AUGGUCUAUGGAUGUGCCAUUUCUCCUAUAGAUAGAGACAGCGAAUUAAGAGAGUUGGGUGUUGCGGAUUCGAAAGCACCUCGACUGAGAGAAGAAAAGGGAACGAGACAGAAGAAAGCUCGAGCGCUUUUCCUACUUUUCCUUUGCUUACGUGAUGUUGUUGCCUAUGCUCUUUGCUGCUUGUCUGCUCAGUAUAUUAGCACAUCAAUGUUGAAACGGUCCAAGUGUUCUCUUAACGAGAUAUCGCACGACGCUGCAAUAAGUCUAAUACAUGAUGCGCUUUCAUCAAAAGUGAAUGUGGUGGAGAUCAAGGUGGAUACAGUAGGGCCCAAAGCAACGUAUCAAUCCAAGCUUGAGAAGAUUUUCCCUGGAAUCUCUAUUACGGUAACCGAAAAAGCUGACGCUUUAUUCCCUGUUGUUAGUGCUGCAUCUAUAGCUGCUAAAGUAACGCGUGAUCGUCGUCUUCGCUCUUGGAAAUUCGCUGAGCCUGGCGUGAAAAUUCCUGCUGACGGUUACGGCAGCGGAUAUCCAGGAGACCCUAACACGAAGAAAUUUUUGGUCGAAAGUUUGGAUCCCAUAUUUGGAUACUCUUCUUUGGUGCGAUUCUCGUGGAAGACGGCUGAGAUUAUAGUUGAUAAGAAUUGUGUAAAGGCUGAGUGGGAGGAGCCGGAGGCUGGCGCACCUUCUGUGAAAGGAUGGCUCACUUCAAAAGCUGACUUGCCUAAAAGGCAUUCAUACUAUACGGAUAGAAACAUUCAGAAUAUGGGGUCUUGGUUCAGCCUGACGACGCUUUUAACACUUUUGACAGCAUAUUGUAUUGGGCACAUGAUCAAUACUUUUUAUAAGAUAUAUUCCGUCCCACAUUGUAAGAAAGGACUCGCUUGUGGGAAGCCACUUCUACCUAUUCAAAAAGAUGGAAAAUUCCCAUUGAUCCAAUUCCGAGUGCAUUCUUCCGCCAAGAGUUUUGCAGUGGGGAGAAUGGAGAAAUUGGUCAACGAUUUCCAGCUUGCAGAUCCACAGGACAUAGAGGUGAAUGUUACGCUCCCUCAUUCAACAAGACAGAACGGCUCCAUGUUUUUAUAUUUCGUCUUCUUGCCGAACCAUACUCCAGAAAACAUAGAUCAUAUUAGGACACGGUGGUAUACUCUACGAGGACUCCAAGCAAGCGCACAUCGUGAGCCAGAUCGUACAAACUUCCACCUUCGGACCGUUGUAAAUAUAAUGAGUUUGGAAGACUCUCCCGAGCUUUCUCUUCCUGAACUGCCCGAGAUUGCUUUGAGCGGAGAUAAAGACGGUUAUUAUCCUCUUCUUUAUGUAGCUGAGUUACUUAAUCGUGAGAAGGAUCUGGUUGAGAUGAAGAAGAACGAUACCCAUAUGAUCGUCACAGUCAAGUAUUCUCCUGUUCCACUUGGCAAAGUCAGGUUCCACACCAUGAUCUCAUCUUCUUUGAAGCAACUUCUCGAGCUUGGAUUUACCCAAAAAGAUCUUGAAGAUGUAAAAGCUAUUUUUGGAGACACUAGUCUCUACCUUCUUGGUGUAACUGUUUUCGUCUCGUCAAUCCAUCUUCUUUUCGAUAUACUGUCAUUCAAGAAUGACAUAUCCUUCUGGCGUAGCCGCGAAUCCAUGGUUGGCCUCUCGUCCAAGGCUCUGCUGUGGCGAUGUUUUUCGUAUACAGUUAUUUUCUUCUAUCUUAAAGAUCAGAACACUAGUCUUCUUGUGAUUGUUCCUGCUGGAAUCUCCGUUCUUAUUGAGUUCUGGAAGUUGAAAAAGGCUUUCAAGGUGACGUUCACACGGCGUGGAUUAAAGUUUGGAAAGCACUCAGCCGAGGAAGCGGAGACCGAUGCAUUCGAUAAUGAAGCUAUGAAAUACCUGGCAUGGCUGAUGACUCCUCUCUGCAUCGGAGGAGCCAUUUACAGCGAUGAUAUCGUGUUCCUGAUCUACCUAUACCAGCGCUAUCUUUAUCCCGUCGAUUACACACGAAUCAACGAAUUUGGCCAGAAAGGGCGAAGAGACAUCAGAUGA